AUGAGUCCUAUCGAUCAUAGCCGGUCAGGAAAGCCGGCAAUCAUAGGGCCUGAUGAUACCGAACAACGAUCGAUGAGCUGGUAUUCGGUUCCCCAAGAUGAGCUCUUCGAGGAAUCGACUGCCUAUGACCCAGGCGCUCCGAUUGAGAUUGCGCCAACACACACGAGCUCAGCAGGCGAAGGGGAGGAAAAUCUAUCCCUCGGUCGCGCAAUCAAACUCUACCCCAAGAUGGUAGGGUACUGCAUGGCCAUGACAAUCCCUAUCAUCGGCUGGGGUUACGACUUGGUUAUUGUCGGCGCCAUCACAGGCGUCGACUCUUUCACGACAGACUAUGGUGCUAUGAUUGAUGGCAUACAGGCAAUUCCAGGUAACUGGCUGACCUUGUGGAUGGCUCUUCCCCCAGCAGGCUCGGCCCUCGGCGCUGUCGUGUGUGGUUGGAUGCAGGAUCGUAUCGGCCGAAAGUUCAGUCUCAUGAUCGGCAGCAUCAUUUCCGCCCUCGCCAUCUCUUGCAUCUUCUUCUCUUACUUGUUCGAGCCCGUAAACAUCAAGCGUGCCGUCAUUACGGCUGGUUUGACAACUCAGGGCUUUACGGUCGGUAUCAUCAAGACUACCUGUCUGACCUGGGUGUCCGAGAACUCACCAACAGCACUGAGGGGUUCGGCAAUGGCCUUAUUCCCAACAUUCACACUUAUUGGGCAGCUUAUCGGAGCAAUCGUCGUGUUCAUUGUCAACAAAGUCGAGACUGCGACUGCGUACCGGGCUGCCUUCGCGUCUCAGUGGAUUCUGUGCCUGGGCCCCUUUAUCCUGUCGUGUCUGAUGCCCGACAGCCCGGCCUACCUGAUCAGAGCAGGCAAGGAGGCUCAAGCAAUUGCGUCGGCUACCAGACUGUUUGCGCCAAAAAUAAAUCCCCGCAUCGCUCUGGAGAAGAUCCGACACACCAUUGAGGAGGAAAAGGCAUCAGUCACAUCAGCCUCGUAUUGGGCUUGCUUCAAGGGUACCGACUUGCGGCGCACCAUGAUCGUCAUUCUUGCCAAUGUUUUCCCUGCGCUGUUUGGUUUAGACCUCCUGUCCAACUCGACCCCAUUCCUUCAAAGCUUUGGGAUGGAGUCAAGCACUAGUCUUCUGCUCCAGAUAUUCGGUAUUGUUGGAGGUAUGGCUGGCAAUGCGAUUGGGCUAUGGAUUCUUUCGCGCUCGGGACGUCGUAACAUGACUAUCAUAUCCAUGGGUGUUACCGGACUGCUCUGGGGGGCGAUGGGCGUCACGGGCUUCUGGUCGAGCCCUACUCUCACAUAUGCCGCUGGAGGAAUCAUGAUUGCUGUCAUUGUAACUUGCGGCUUGGGAUGUUGGCCCGCAGGAUAUGCCAUCACAGGAGAGACGAGUUCCCUGCAACUCCGAGCUCUGACCCAGGGCAUUGGUGGUGUGGCAGCCCAGGGCUCCUCUAUUACGAUUGCCGCUGUCCUCCCCCAGCUGUUUGGUCGAGACAAGGCAGCUCUUGGCGCAAAGACUGGUUUUGUGUUUUGCGGACUUUGUGCAAUCGGCGUGCUUCUGACUUGGUUGUGGAUUCCCGAGAUGAAGGGCCGCAGUAUGCAGGAGAUUGACUACAUGUUUGCAGUGAAGCUGCCUACAAGGAAGUUUAAGCAUUGGAAAUCGGAGACUCAUGAGAUGCAGGAGGCAUUACCGCUACGUGACAAUUAA